UGGCAACAGACUCCAAACAAACAUGUAUGUAGGCAUGAACCACCACUUAAAAAAAAAAAAAAAAAAUACCAUAUUAGAAAUUUUGCAGUAAUUCAGUUGUAGUAGUUGUAAAUACUGAGGUAGAAAUCACUAAUUUGCUUUAUGGUGAUGAGUAUGUUGACAUGAGUUCACCCUUGUCCAUGCUGAGGAAAACCAGACGCGCUCCUCUCCAGGGGCCUCUGAGCCAGCCACGCAGGGACAGAGGACACGGGCCACACAGGGGACAUCAUCCCGCAGGGCCAGAGGCCACACCACCUGAGGGUCCCUCUGAUCUAAAUCCUCCGCCAGGGACUCACACUGGGCUUGCUGAUGCCCUCUCCACUUCAAAUUCAAAAGCCUCACUAAAGAAAGGUGCGCCACCGAGUGACUUUGAGCUGAUGUCCUCCAUGGGGUGGCGGCUGGCCCAGCUGGAGGCAAAAGUGAAGAGCCAAGCGCAAGAGAUUGAGCGCAAGGACAGAAAGAUCUCUGUCUUGGAGAAGGAACUGAAGCUUCUUAAAAAUCCAGAGAGUACACGUGAUCCAAGAGACAGAGACGAGCUGGUGAAGUUGUGCCGCCGGCUGCAGACCCAAGUCUGUGACAUGGAGCGUUUUCUGAGUGACUACGGCAUGAUUUGGGUGGGAGAUGGAAAAAACUGUGAUGCCGCAGAGGGAGAGGACGCUGAGCAUAUGCAGGCCCAGGGUUCAAGCAGAGGCCUGAGACAGCCAGGCAGCUCUGUUGUCAGGAACUUCCACAUGAACUUUGACCUCGUGCUGCAGAACAUCAGGGAACUGAACAUCCUGGCAGGGGAGGGAGAGUCCUUUGUGCAAGCCACAGCAAGGGGGGCCAAAUUAGCGAAAAAGGACCCAGUUCAGCUGACACUUUAUAGGAACGGCAUUGUAAUGUUCGAAGGGCCCUUCCGCUCUUACCAGGAGCACAGCACCCAGCAGUGCAUGCAAGAUCUGAUGGACAGGUAUUUUCCUUCUGAGCUUCAGGAAAGAUUUCCAGAUGGUGUGCCUUUUGAGGUUCAUGAUCGGCGAGAUGAGGAGUUUAUUGUCAGACAACCAUGGGCUGUGUUUUCCGGUCGAGGACGGAUAGUUGAUGAGGCAGCAGAAAAAGAGAAAUCAUCACACGCCGCAUCAUCUGAAAUACCCGGCAAGAAGCUGAGCUUGGAUCAGUUUCUGAACAGGCUGCCAAAGGUGGUGGUCAAAGGCGGGCAAAUGAUUGACAUCAGGGAGUCAGUGAAGGCCGUCCUGCAGGGUUCGUCUGAUGCCCAGAGCACUAAUUCAGUGACCUUCGUUGACACAUCAGCACUGCAGACGAUGAAAGAGAGAGUGAAGAUGUGUGACUCUGACCAGGCUGCAUCCGUCCACGAUGUGACCACACUGAAGGUGAAGUCAGAAGACGGGACUCACAGUUUUAUAGUGAAAAUGCACGUCUCAGAGACGAUAGGCCAGCUUCGCCAGUACCUGGACACACACAGGGGGGACAGUGUCUCUGGAUAUGACAUCAUCAGUGUGCACCCACAGCGCUGCUGCUACAGUGAUGACAUGCAGACACUCGUGUCAUGUGGACUCACAUCUAAUGUUACUCUUCUGCUGAGACCAGCAAAGCCACUAAUUCACUGA